AUGCGCGGCACCCCGUACUACCCCCCGGCCACCCCGCACCAGCUGCUGCCCCUGUCGGAGACCUCCGUCUCCCUGCGCGCCGCCGUCGCGCGCCACCUCACCACCGACGCCCACUGGCUCCGCGCCUCGCCCGAGGACGCCCCCGCCCGCCUCGCCCCGAGACUCCUCGCUUGGUACCGCUUCGCCGCCGCCAACCUCCGCGUCCUCUCCCUCUCGCCGCGUCACGCCCUUGCCCCCGCCCUCGUGUCCGACAUCAUCGCCACCGUCGCGGCCAACCGCCCGCCGCUCCGCGUCCUGGAUCUCUCCGUCUUCGCUCUCCCCGCCCCGCCCACCGAACACUUCGUGCACACCCUCGAUGCCCUCUUCCGCGCCGCGAGGCUCUCACUCGUCGAGCUCCAUCUCAACCUCGCCGCCGACUUCUUGCUCGACCUGGCGGCCGACGCCCACCUCGUCGCCCUCACCACCCUCGACUUGCGCCACGAGGGCCCGCUCGAUCCCAUGCGCUUGCUCUCCUUGCUGCACAGUCUGCGCGAGCUCACCGCCACCACCUCGCUCAAGCCCAAACUAGAGACCCUGCACUUCCGCCUGUCCGAGCCUUUGCCGCCGGGGCUGCGCCCGGAGGCCAUCGCCGCCGCCACCCCGGCCGUGAAGAACCUGCGCUACACAGAGCUCUCGGCCCUGCGUGCCGACUGCACUGAGCUGGGCGUCCCUAUCGUGCAGCUUGCCACCGUCCUCAAGGGGCUCGAGGAGCUCGUGCUCACCAACGCCACGCUGGACUUCUCGCUGCUGCAGCCGCUGCUGGAGCGCGACUCGCACCGCCAUCUCACGCGCGUGUCGCUGAACAACUGCAGCAUCCCGGGCUUCCUCUCGGGCUUCCCUCUCCUGCGCUCCAGCUCUGACUCUCUGAUCCGUUCGCUAGACCUGGCCGACGUCACGCUGGGCGCGUCCGAGCUCGCCGUCGUCGCCGAGCGCUGCUCCGCAGUCGAGGCCUUCGGCCUCAGCAUUGAGCGCGCCACCGCCGCCGCGCUGCGCCGCGUGUGUGUGAGCCUGCCGCAGCUCGCGUCCAUGGACCUUCGCGUCGUCGGCGCGAAGGACGAGCCCGUGCGCCAGGGCUGCCGCGACGGCAUUGUGAGCGCGGUUUGCGCGACGCGCGGCGAGUUUAGUAAGCUCGUCGUGAGGGGGGAGACGCUCCCCGUCGCAGGGCUGGCGCAGAUCUUCAGGACGCUGGGCGCCCGGUUCGAGUAUUUGGUGACGGGCGUGCAUGCGCCCCGCGUGUCGAUGAGCCGUGCUAUCAUGGGGCUGCUUGCGGUCGUGAAGGAGCACUGCACGGCGUUCAAGAUUCUGUGCUUCGGGCUCGACCUCGCCUAUGACCCGCGUGCAGACGACCUGCAUGAGGCGUUUGUGAAGACAAUCGACGGGCUGGAGGACAGGCUGCCUAUGCUGGAUACGGUGUGGCUCAGGAGAAACGCCGAGUCGCUACUCGCGAUUCAGAAGCCGGUCGGGUUCGUCGAGUUUAGGGAAGGCGAGGGAGAUUUGGACCUGACCGCGUGAGUGAUGGGUUUGUACCAAUGUGGUGCGGGGUGGAGGUUUCUGGGUCAUUAGUGGGUUUUGCGGCGCCUUGCUCGGAGGUAGAUGCAAUAGCAACGUAAUAGCGUCGUUUUUUUGCGUGGGAACGGGAGGGUAGGGCGGCUGAUGGUAGUAGGUCAAGCGGCUGAGGCGAUAGGAAGAUACAUACAUAGAGGAUCGGACAGUUUUGCUAGAUGCCAGAGUUCAUUGUGGUCGUGUAGGGUUGAGUGAUAUGCGUGGAUGAGGAAAACGAGAGAACAAGUUUUGCUUUCUGGGGCCAGUUGUUUUUCAAGUGUAAACAAAUGCCUCAGGCGCGUCUACA